UUUCUCUUUAGAUCUCCCUUGAAGAGGGCUGGUAUAUUUGUGCCUGCUGGAGGUGGAAUUAACUGUAAGAAGGGGGAAGAGAUUGAAUGGAUUUACAGGAAGGAUUGCAAGUAAAUUCAGGGAAACACAUUUACUUGAACAGUGUAACCUUGGGUCUUGUUUUACACUAAGACCAUACAAGAGAUGUUCAAGUUAUCACUAGGCUGCCGGACAAAUCUAAUUCCAACACCAAGGUGCAGAUCAGCGUAGAUCUGGGAUUCAGACCUCAGGAUUUGUUUUGGAAAGAGUUCAAGCGUUGGGAAGAAGUCAGAGCAAGUGAAGAGAACUUGGGAGCUCCAGUCUAUCAGAAGACCAGCUUUCGUCAGUUCAAAUACCAAAGGCCUGAUUAUCAUAAAUUCACAUAGGAAUGCAUAGGUUAUUUGAUCAAAUAAUUUUAGCCAGCUUUUGCUACAUCAGCGCCUCAAAAGUUCUUAACAACUGUGGAUAAUUAGAAAUCUGAAUUUCAACUUUCUUAGGAAUAGCUACUCUUGACGUGUUCUAAAAUAUUUAAAGCAGGAGAAGAAAAUGGACUGAGGGUGCUGUGUUCAGAAAUAUCACUGUCAUGAAGAAUAGGUAAAUUUGUUUUUACAUCUACUGGCGAAGUAUACCUCCAAGGAUCCUGGAUUAUUAUUUUUUUCCAAGUGGACAAGAAGGAUUAAAAAUAUCGACUUUUGCUCUUGCACAAAAAUGCAUUGGACUGUAUUUUUACUUAGGGGUAUUGUGGGCUUCCUCUGGAGCGGCUGGGUUCAAGUGGGUUAUGCAAAAGGAGGCUUGGGAGACAAUCACGUUCACUCCAGUUUUAUUUAUAGAAGACUACGGAACCAUGAAAGACGGGAAAUACAGAGGGAAAUUCUCUCUAUUUUGGGUUUGCCUCACAGACCCAGGCCCUUUUCACCAGGGAAACAAGCAUCUUCUGCCCCCCUCUUUAUGCUGGAUCUCUACAAUGCCAUGGCUAGCGAAGAAAACCCUGAGGAGUCGGAGUAUUUGCUGAGGGUGUCCCUGGCUGGAGAGGCCAAAGAGACAAGAAAGGGAUACCCAGCCUCUCCCAAUGGGUAUGCGCAUCGUCUGCACUUACCUCCAAGGACUCCUCUGACUACCCAGAGCCCACCUCUUGCCAGCCUACAUGAUACCAACUUUCUGAAUGAUGCUGACAUGGUCAUGAGCUUUGUCAACUUGGUUGAAAGAGACAAGGACUUUUCUCAUCAGAGGAGGCAUUACAAAGAGUUUCGGUUUGAUCUGACCCAGAUUCCACAUGGAGAAGCAGUGACAGCAGCCGAAUUCCGGAUUUAUAAGGACAAGGGAAACCAUCGAUUUGAAAAUGAAACAAUUAAGAUCAGCAUAUAUCAGAUCAUCAAGGAAUACACAAACAGGGAUGCAGAUCUUUUUCUGCUAGAUACAAGGAAGACACAAGCUUUAGAUGUGGGUUGGCUUGUCUUUGAUAUCACUGUGACCAGCAAUCACUGGGUGAUCAAUCCACAGAACAAUUUGGGCUUACAGCUCUGUGCAGAGACGGGGGAUGGACGCAGCAUCAAUGUAAAAUCUGCUGGUCUUGUGGGGAGACAUGGACCUCAGUCAAAACAACCAUUCAUGGUGGCCUUCUUCAAGGCAAGUGAGGUACUUCUUCGAUCUGUGAGAGCAGCCAGCAAACGGAAAAAUCAAAACCGCAAUAAAUCUAACUCUCAUCAGGACCCCUCCAGGAUGCCCAGUGCUGGAGAUUAUAAUACCAGUGAACAAAAACAAGCCUGCAAGAAGCACGAACUCUAUGUGAGUUUCCGAGAUCUGGGAUGGCAGGACUGGAUCAUAGCACCAGAAGGAUAUGCUGCAUUUUAUUGUGAUGGAGAAUGUUCUUUUCCACUUAAUGCCCAUAUGAAUGCCACCAACCAUGCCAUAGUCCAGACCCUGGUACACCUGAUGUUUCCUGACCAUGUUCCCAAGCCUUGCUGUGCUCCAACCAAACUAAAUGCCAUCUCGGUCCUGUAUUUUGAUGACAGCUCCAAUGUCAUUUUGAAAAAGUACAGAAAUAUGGUAGUACGUUCGUGUGGCUGCCACUAGCUGGAAGUGCCUGUGAUAAUAACAAAACAGAUCUGUGCUAUGUUUAUGACCGCAAUAAAAAGCAGGGGAAUGGGGAAUUUCCUA